CCAUACAUUCUCUCCCUCCCUCUCUCUCGCACACAUACACAGUCGCACACACAGCCACACAACUCACCGCCCCAGGGGCGAUCCAAGAUGAGCGCUCCGGGCUGCGGGCUGCUAGUGCUGCUUCUGCUGGGGGGCGCCGCCGCCUCGGCCCAGGGGGACGGCCAGGGGGGCGGCAAGGAAGGCGAGACCCCCGGCAAUUUCAUGGAGGACGAGCAGUGGCUGGCGUCCAUCUCCCAGUACAGCGGCAAGAUCAAGCACUGGAACCGCUUCCGAGAUGAGGUGGAGGAUGACUACAUCAAGAGUUGGGAAGAUAACCAGCAAGGAGAUGAAGCUCUGGACACUACCAAAGACCCCUGCCAGAACGUGAAGUGCAGCCGGCACAAGGUCUGCAUCGCUCAGGGCUACCAGAGAGCCAUGUGUAUCAGCCGCAAGAAGCUGGAGCACAGGAUCAAGCAGCCAGCCCUGAAACUCCAUGGAAACAAAGAGAGCCUCUGCAAGCCUUGUCACAUGACCCAGCUGGCCUCUGUCUGCGGCUCGGAUGGACACACUUACAGCUCUGUGUGCAAACUAGAGCAGCAGGCCUGUCUGACCAGCAAGCAGCUGACAGUCAAGUGUGAAGGCCAGUGCCCGUGCUCCACUGAUCAUGUUCCAGCCUCCACCGCUGACGGAAAACAAGAGACCUGCACCGGCCAGGACCUGGCAGACCUGGGAGAUCGGCUCCGGGACUGGUUCCAGCUCCUUCAUGAGAAUUCCAAGCAGAACAGUUCAGCCGCCCCACUGGUCCGGCCAGCCAAUGGGCUGGAGAAGGGCCUGGGGGCCAGCUGCAAGGACUCCAUUGGCUGGAUGUUCGCCAAGCUGGACACCAGCAGCGACCUGUUCCUGGAUCAGGCGGAACUAGCCGCCAUCAACCUGGACAAGUACGAGGUCUGCAUCAGGCCCUUCUUCAACUCCUGUGACACCUACAAGGAUGGCCGCGUCUCCACCGCCGAGUGGUGCUUCUGCUUCUGGAGAGAGAAGCCCCCUUGUCUGGCUGAGCUGGAACGGAUCCAGAUACAGGAGGCAGCCAAGAAGAAACCCGGUAUCUUCAUCCCGAGCUGCGACGAGGAUGGCUACUACCGAAAGAUGCAGUGCAACCAGAGCAGCGGGGAGUGCUGGUGUGUGGACCAGCUGGGCAUGGAGCUGACAGGAACCCGUAUACAUGGGAACCCAGACUGUGACGACCUGGUUGGGUUCUCGGGAGAUUUUGGGAGCGGCGUUGGCUGGGAGGAUGAAGAAGAGAAGGAGGCCGAGGAGGCGGGCGAGGAGGCGGAGGAGGAGGAGGGCGAGGCCGGCGAGGCUGACGACGGCGGUUACAUCUGGUAGAGGUGCUCCGAGAGCCAAGCAGGGCUGGGGUGCUGACAGCCCGGUGGGGGGGAGGCAGCGGUGACCCGGAAAGAGCUGGGAGGCUUAGCGGGAUGAUCAGGAAACACGGAUGACUGUAACUUUAGCGGGAAAGACAAGCGUGUGUGUGUGAACGUUUCCGGGUGAGUGAGCCUGAGUGUGAGCAAGUGUGGAUGAGUGGGCAUGAGCAUGUACGAGUGAGUGAGCAUGUGCGGGUGUGUGAUUAUGAGUGUGAGCCACAAGGUAGCUAUAAGUGUUUGACCAGUGUCUACCGAAGCCAAGGGGAGAAUGCAGCUGGGGGGAAACAGAACCAACAGAAGCUGUCUGCCUCUUUGGCUUAGCUUCUCUUUUUCUCAUUUUGGUUUGGAAUUUUAGUUUUUACUCUCUGAGACUCCUGCCCCUGGAUACACCCCAGUUACAAAGUCAGGCCAAACAGAGUCAUCGAUUUGUCACCUGGAACCAACCUGGGAAAACCCACGGGGGAGUCCCACUGGGGAGUCUCACAACAGAGCCCCUCAAUCUCGGCUCUGCCCUGGAGCCCCUCUGGGCCUACCGGGCCCCGUUACCCACCAGCAGGCAGGGAGGGAGGGAGAAACACCAUCCAGCACUUUGUUAGGACUUAGGCUCCUGCGGUCCCUGAGCAGCAAUCUGCCAGGAAAUUCUUUGCUCCAGAAGCCAGAGUCUCUCCCAUCUGAGAGGAGGCCCAGGAUCUGUCCCGGGCCUCUUCUCGCCCUCGUCCCCCUCGGAGGAUACAGGAGCCUUGGGGCCGGUAACCAUGCCAGGGAGAAGACAGAGCUGGCCAAAGUGUGGGGCUCCCUGGCAGUUUGGGGCUCCCCAGCAGUUCUUCCUGGAGCUUUCCUGAGCAGAAAUUUGCACUCAGGGAAUAGGUGCUCACUGCCGCCCCGCCCCCCCCC